CAGGAAGAGAGUUGCAGAACGUGAACAACGUUUGGUCAACGUGAGUGAGUCGUGUGAGCUUCUUCUACUCGUUUAGUGCAACAAAGUUACCAGCAGCCGGGAAAUAAUAACCGGCUUCACACGGACCAGACUACAAUAAGAGGUCAUGGCUCUGAACAAGGCCAUGCAUCCCCGGAACAGGUACAAAGACAAACCGCCGGACUUUUCUUACCUGGCCUCCAAAUAUCCGGACUUCCAGCAGCACGUGCACACCAGUCUUACCGGACGACCUGUUGUUAACUUCAAAGAGCCGGAGGCGGUGCGAGCGCUGACCUGCACCCUGCUGAAGGAGGACUUUGGUUUGACCAUCGAGAUCCCUCUGGAGCGCCUCAUCCCUACCGUCCCCCUCCGCCUCAACUACAUCCACUGGGUGGAGGACCUCACCGACGGCCAGAAGCAGCCACGCAGGGGCAUCGAUAUCGGCACUGGUGCGUCUUGUAUCUACCCCUUACUGGGAGCCACAAUGAACGGCUGGUACUUUCUGGCCACAGAGGUGGACGACAUCUGUUUCGACUACGCAACGAAAAACGUUGAGCAGAACAACAUGUCUGAACUCAUUAAAGUUGUCAAAGUCCCUCAGAAGACUCUACUGAUGGACGCCUUGAAAGAAGAGACAGAAAUAGUGUACGACUUCUGCAUGUGCAACCCUCCUUUUUUUGCAAAUCAGCUUGAAGCAAAGGGGAUAAACUCCAGGAACUCACGGCGACCUCCUCCCAGCUCAGUAAACACAGGCGGAGUGACGGAGAUCAUGGCGGAGGGUGGGGAACUUGAAUUUGUAAAGAGGAUCAUUCAUGACAGCCUGCAGCUCAAGAGACGCUUGCGGUGGUACAGCUGCAUGUUGGGGAAGAAAUGUAGCUUGGCACCUUUGAAAGAGGAGCUGAGGAAGCAAGGGGUACCUAAAGUAACACACACAGAGUUCUGCCAGGGACGGACGAUGCGAUGGGCGCUGGCUUGGAGUUUCUAUGACGAUGUGAUUGUUCCGUCUCCUCCCAGUAAAAAGCGUAAACUGGAGAAGGUGAAGAAGCCGCUGUUGUUCACGCUGCCGGAGGCGGGACUGAAGGAGCUGCAGGCCAAAGCCUCAGCUUCAGGCAGCACAGCACGCGGCCCUGUGGACAGUGUCACUGCUCUGCUGGAGAAAACCCUCACUGACCUGCGGGUGCUACACAAGCGUGUCUCGAGCAGAAAGCAGGAGCAGAGCCUCUUUAUCACCGCUAUGGAGAACACCUGGAUCCACGGACGACAGAAGCGGCGCGAAGGGUCGCGACAGUUGCGAGAGCUUCCCAGAGCGCCUCACUGUGCUAGAACCAGCUCUCAAACCACUCUGGUCACAACCCCAGCAUCUAAAAAACAGUCUGCCUCCACACGAAACAGCAACAGCCAGAAUGAUGGUGCUCCAAAUGAAACUCCAUCUGCACAAGAGCUAGCUGAUCAGCAGCCAGGAGAGCAGAUUGAAAAUGCCGCCUCUUCAAAUGAGACAAGGGAAGAUGUAGCAUGUGACCCAACAGCAGAACGGAAAGAGGUCUUAGAAAAUGUACCAGGUGAAGAUGUGGACAUGACGUCUUCUACCUGCACAGGUGCAGGGGAGGAAACAGUCCCACAGGAAACACCUGGCGCAGUGAGUGAACCGCCCUCUAAGCGGCCCCUGAGCCCGGCUGUAGUCGAGCACUUCCUGUUAAAGUGUCUGCUGAACGUGGUGCUUGAGGAGAGCGAUGUAGUGAUUGAGAUGCACUGGGUCGAAGGUCAGAGUAAAGACCUGAUGAACCAACUGUGCACGUACUUAAAGAACACCCUUUUAAGGUCUGUCGCAAAGCCCUAAAUGAUCAGAAUCUUUGGAUUCAUUAUUGAUAUAUUCCAGUUGAUAACCAGUAGUUUACGUCACCAUUUUUUGUACUUUGUCAUUUUACCUUUUCAGAUAGUACGUACUGUAUAUUGAUGUUUUGUGCUCAGGUUUGUGAAAAACAUUUGCAAUAAAUGUUCAUUUUUUUAACCCGUUUUCUA